AUGUCCAAGGAAGCAGAAAUCUCGCGAGUAAAGACUGACGCUGACAAGCCUGCCGCCCAAAAGGUGACUAAGACAGGGUCUUUCAUCGCAGGUGGUCUGGCAGCAUGUAUCGCUGUGACAGUAACAAACCCUAUAGAACUGGUCAAGACUAGAAUGCAGCUGCAGGGUGAAAUGUCAGCCGAGUCCCAGAGAAUCUACAAAAACCCAUGGCAAUCACUGAAGAUCAUUUUCAAAAACGAGGGUAUCAGAGGCCUGCAAAAGGGUCUAUCGUGCGCUUACAUUUACCAGAUCGGGCUCAACGGUUCCAGACUUGGGUUCUACGAACCAAUACGUUCUUUGCUGAACAAAACGUUCUACCCCAACCAGGACCCCCACAAGGUGCAGAACGUGGCUGUCAACGUCGUCUCCGGCGCAAGCUCCGGUAUCAUUGGUGCAAUCAUGGGCUCUCCACUUUUCCUGAUCAAGACCAGAAUGCAGGCCUACUCGAAUGCCAUCCAGAUCGGCCAGCAGACCCACUACACAUCGAUCUGGAACGGGCUUUCCAGCAUUUACAGAGCUGAGGGGCUAAAGGGUCUAUACCGUGGCGUGGACGCCGCUAUUCUCAGAACAGGUGCCGGGUCCUCCGUGCAACUGCCCAUUUACAACACCGCCAAACGCUUUUUGCUCAACCACGACAUCAUGAAAGAAGGCACCGGUCUGCAUCUGGUCGCCAGUACCUUGUCUGGUAUCGGUGUCGGUGUUGUCAUGAACCCUUGGGAUGUUAUUCUUACAAGAGUAUACAACCAGAAGGGCAAUCUUUACAAGGGUCCCAUCGACUGUCUUAUCAAGACUGUCAGAAUCGAAGGUGUCAGCGCGCUUUACAAGGGUUUCGAGGCCCAGCUUUUCAGAAUCGCCCCACACACGAUUCUGUGUCUAACCUUCAUGGAGCAGACCAUGAAAUUCGUUUACGCUGUCGAGAAGCAGAUCCUCGGAGCUUGA